AUGAGCCACUACGGCCCGCCGCCCAAUGGCUUCCCACGCGGCCCACCUCAAGGUUUCCCACGCGGAGCCCCGCCGCCGUUCGCCGCGCGAGGACCGCCGCCCUCCUUCGCGUUCCGAGGACCUCCACCAGCUUUCCAGGGCCCGCGCGGGCCUCCUGCCGGGAUGGCCCGCCCACCGCUGGGCCUGAAUAUCCCUCCGAUGAUGGCUACAUCUAGAUUCCAAGCCCCGCCAUCACCAGCUAGCACCGGACCAGUGCUACCUCCAGGAUGGAAUGAAUACAGGACACCACAGGGAGCGACGUACUACUAUAAUUCUAGUACAGGGGUAAGUACGUACGACUUCCCGACCCAGGAGCAAAAGACCCAAAAAUGGGUGGAAUACAAGGACGAAGCCUCCGGAGCCUUCUACUAUUUCAAUAAAAUCACGAAGGAGACGGUGUGGGACCAACCCGAGGAGUUUAGGAUGCAAAAAGCUCGAGAACAAGUAGCCAAGAUGACGAGCGAAGCGCUCCAAGCAGCCACUCCAGUCCGGAAUCCAUUCCCGAUGCCGGUUCCCGUUCCCAGUAGCGCUGCCUCGACCGAGAAGGAAGACGAAGACGACGAAGAAGAGAUCAAACGACAGGAGGCACAGACACAAGCUCGUAAGAAGCGCAAAGAGAUCCAGGAGCGCGAACAAGCAGCCGAGUUCGCCGACAUGCCGCGAGCUGAGAGAAUGGCUACAUUUAAACAGUUUCUGGAGGAGAAGCAGAUCACGCCCACUUUAAAGUGGGGCGACGCUCAGCGCGCGAUCAGCAAAGACACGUCCAUGUCCAACGAUCCUCGAUGGAAGUUUGCAUUGAGCACUGUGGGCGAGAAGAAGCAAGCGUACGCGGAGUACUGCACACAGGCCAAGAACCGCGCGACUAUCGAGAAGCGUCGACUCGUGAAGAAAGCGCGCGAGGAGUUUAUUGAGCUUCUAAGUCUCUUCGAGUCCAGUUUGGCGCCUCCUUCCCGACGUCGCCAAAUGUCGUGGGACGAAGUGAACCAGAGUUCUAAUUUCUACGCCAUGCGGAAAGAUGCGCGCUGGGUAGCCAUCGACGAGACUCGAGAGAAGCAACAGCUGUUUGUCACUUUUAUGCAAGAUUUAGAACGCAACCAGAAAGCGCGAUUGGCUAAACAACGCGAUGCAUUACGAAUAGGGUUCAUGACGCUCUUACGUCAGCGUGCAGACUCGAACCAGUUAGAGUUGGGGGGACACUCGAACAAGCGUCUGGAUAGCGACUCGAAGCGCCGUGUGUUGGAUCUAUUGGAGCAAGUGGAACUACCGGGCGGAGAAGGGAAAGUGGGCGAAGACGCGCUGCGGAUAGUCGACCGCCAUGAUGUGUACGACUGGGCUGAGGAUUUCUUACGAGAACGUCGAGAACUGGAACAUGCGAAGAGGAAACGGGAGCGAGCUGAACGUGCUGCACGAAUCGAGAAACAAGGACGCGAGUUGAACGAGAAGCUUCAGGAACUGGCAAAUAGUCAGCAACUGACGGUGGGGAGUACGUGGGACGAGUUCUCGACGCAGUUUUUACAAGCUGCUAGUGAGCAAAGAGCCAAGGAAGAGAAGGAGGAAGAGAACGACGAACAAGAUGACGACGAUAUCAACUGGAGAGGACAGAGACGCAUUUUUGACAAAUUUGUGCGUCGCCUGCGUCGCUCUCUGGAGCCUGCAGCGUCUGCGAUUCGUACGCACUUGGAUCGUAGUGGCGAGCCGCCGUUACGAGUGACGGAAGCCACGACGUUCGCCGUCUUUAUCGACGCGCUUGAGAACGGUGUGGCUCUAGCGAUAGACAGUAACGCGCCUGAAGAAGGCGAAGAAGGAGAAGAGUCUGGUGACGUCAAGAUGAGCAACGGAGACGAAGAGACUGAAGAGGUUAAACUUAAAAGUGAAGAGGUUAAUGCCGAGCUGGAAGCAGCUGUGAAGAAGCAACGAGAAAGCGAGGACAAGAGCUCGGUGGAGUUCCCGGAAUACGUUCGUCAAGUGUACGACAUGUGGGUGGCUAUGGCUACAGAAGAGAGUCGAAGAGAGCAGGAAAAGAAGGCCCAAACGACAUCUCGCGACCGUGAUGCGCUGCCUCCUAGUUUAGCUGCUGUCGGCGCUAAGGCUGCGGCGGAUACAGCGACGACUGAGCCGUUCUCGCCACUUCGAACGCCGUCCAAACCGCUGUCACAAGCGCAAGAAGCUGCGAGGGCCGAGGAAAUUAUUCGUCAGGCGAGGUUGAAGAUGCAAGCGAAGGGAAAGAGCAGCUCUGAUGAGGAGUUGGAGGAAGGGGAGGAGCUGGAAGAGGGCGAAGAAGAGGAAUAG